CCAUUCCAAAAUUGCCCCGGUUUGUUCAUUCACAAAUUGCAAGCCCUGACAAUACCUGUACAGUUCCGAGAGUAACAUUGUAUAGAAUAUACAUAUAUUUAAUCUUAAGAAUAACUUUAAUUAACGGUGACGGACAUUUCACAAUGGCAAACAUGAAGGGCCUUGCAAUUAUUUUGUUGUUUGCAAUCAGUGCAAUAACUGCAGUUCAUUGCAGAAGUGAUCACAAGAAUGAUCCCCGCAGUAAUGGUGAUUUAGCCCUAUGGAUAGAUGAGAAACAAGUCAAGAUGUUCAGUGGAAUGGUUAUGGAAAUUUAUGCAAUAAGAAAUGGAAAUGUAUCUCCAUAUAUACUUGAUCCAAACUUUGAGAAGUAUCUUCCAAUAAUACCAUCGGAAGUGAGUCAUGUGAACUUUAUAUGGAAGGCUGGACUCAAGAAGUAUUAUUAUAAUUUUGAUAGGCUGCAAUCCUUUGAUGAGAGUAUCUUAAGUGCUCCAGUAAUAUCAAUAAAAACAAAGGGUCGAGUACCCAGGAGACCUAAAGAGUUUAGCAUUCUAUUACCAUGCCUGGGUAACAGCUCUGGUAUUGCAACAUUUAGCAUUGGUUUGCUAAUAGAGAGCCGUAAAGGGAGGCCCUUAAAUGGUACACCACUUAGACUCAAACUACGGAAGGAAUGUUCUCAACGUAACCCAGAUCCAGAAUGUGAUAAGAAAUGUGCAAAUCAGGGAUGGUGCAAUAGAGAGAAAAUAUGUCAAUGUCCUGAAGGCUACAUGGGCCAAUAUUGCAGAACUGCACUGUGUUAUCCACAAUGCAUGAAUGGAGGUAAUUGUACCUCACCAGGAGUAUGCAGUUGUCCACCUGGAUUUCAAGGGAGACAUUGUGAAGGGGGUAUUUGCAGUGAGAAAUGUUUGAAUGGAGGAAAGUGCAUUCAGAAAGAUACUUGUGAGUGUCCGAAAGGCUAUUAUGGUUUACACUGUGAAUAUUCCAAAUGUAUAAUAUCAUGCCACAAUGGAGGCAAAUGCAGAGGUGUCAACAAAUGCAAAUGUCCACAAGGUUUUCGGGGUGACCAUUGUGAAAUUGGUAGAGGUAAACCUCACCGCAGUACAUGUAAAAUUGCUUGCAAACAUGGUACAUGUAUAGAUAACAAUUGUGUUUGUGAGCCAGGCUGGUAUGGGAGAUUGUGCCAUCAUAUGACAUUGAAGUAAGACUGUUUUGUUGACUUAUAACAUGUAUGUUAAGUGCUUUAAAGUGAAAAUCCACUGUAUUUUUGAAUAAUUUUACACUUUUUUUUUAUAUGAUA